GAGGAGGGAGGAGGGAGGAGGGAGGAGGGAGGCUAUGGCGAGGAGGAAGGAGGGAGGUUAUGGUGAGAGGGACGAUGGAGGCAGGGGGAAGGGUUGUGCUGCGUGAGAGGAGGGAGGACUUGGAGUUAGUAGGAAGGCUAUGGCGGAGGGGGGAGGGGGGAGGAGGGAUGAGGGAGGAAAGAGGAGGGAGGCUAUGGCGAGGAGGGAGGAGGGACGCUAUGGCGAGGAGGGAGGAGGGACGUUACGGCGAGAGGGACGAGGGAGGAGGGGUUGCGCUGUGUGAGAGGAGGGAAGAGGGAGGAGGGAGGACGAAGGCUAUGGCGGAGGAGGGAGGAGGGAGGAGGGAGAAGGGAGGAGGGAUGCGGGAGGAGGGAGCGAGGAGGGAGGCUAUGGCGAGGAGGGAGGAUGGAGGCUAUGAUGAGGAGGGAGGAGGGAGGUUAUGGCGAGAGGGACGAGGGAGGAGGGGGGAGGGGUUGCGCUGCGAGAGAGGCUAUGGCGGAGGAGAGAGGAAGGGUGAGAAGGGAGGAGGGAGGAGGGAGGAUAUGGCGAGGAGGGAGGAGGGAGGCUAUGCACUCAAGAAAGUCGGCGGGAAGGCGGAUGAGGACGAUGGUGUGGCAGCUGGAGGACGACGAGGACGCGGCAACAGGGGGACGACGAUGGCAGGGCAACGGGACAACGACGAUGGAGGCAGCAUGACGGUGACGACGGCACGGCGGGAGGGUGGCGUCGUCACAGGAGGGCGGUGGCGUCACUGGCACCUGGCAGAGGGGUACGUGGCGGGGGGCAAAUCGGCCCAGGAUUCAAAUUUGAAUCCCGGGAGCCACGAUCGUCGUCGAUCGCCAACGAUCAAUAACCAGGAGUGAAAAAAAAAACCUUAAAAAAAAAAGGCCUACUGGGCCCUGAAAAAUAGCGCCCGACCGCCAAAUAACUUUUUGGCUUGUGGGUCAAUGGCCAGCGGCGCGAAAAAAAAAAAUUGCCCCCAUUUUGGGUACGGCGCUGAGGGGGCCCGGGUGCCUGGCCGGGGGGGUUGCACGACUGAGCGCUAUGUCGGGCGUGCUCCGGUGCCCAGGGGGCACGAGGGGAAAAACUAGGCAUUUAGCGGGUACGUGCGCAACCUUCUUUUCAACGUGUCGUCUUUUGCCCAUCAAUCCAACACACACGAAGCAUAGGAAUCAAUGAAGCAAUUACUUAUGU